UACAACUACAGUAGUGAGCGUGCGAGUGUGUAACUCAAAUGUAAUUAGAGUUAAAAAGAGAAAUAUUACAAGUAAUUGACAUAAAAGUGCUAGUAAAAAUAAAAUAUUUGACCACAUUUCCUUUAAAGCCGGCAACAGAAAUAUUUAAUAUUGAAAAAGUCCUGCGAACCGAUUGUACAUACUUCGAGCCAAUGAGCACCAACAAGGAGGCCAAAAUGACUGACGCCCCUAAGGCAACCGUCGUCUCUGUUCCUGUUCCCAGUGGCAAUGAUGAAACUGUCGUCAAAAUACUGGACGCUGGCCAAGUCGUAGCUGCCAAGGAGAAGCGACCCAGUACUCGCAUGAAACUGCUCAAUGAUGCGGCAGCCAAAGGCGGAAGCAAGGCCGCAUCAGUCUCCACGCCCCGUGUUAAGCAGGAGAAGCGCACAAGCAUCAAAAUACUGAACAAUGAUGAAGCCACAAGCACUCCCAAAGGCGACAAACGAUCCACAACAAAAACUGUAAGUCCCACCGGAAGUGUCAAGAUAUUAAACGAGAAGCGCACUGCGGUGGUUGCCACCCCGGUGGAAACGACCAAGAUCAAAACAUCGCCCAGCAAAAAGAAGAAAAUGGAUCACUAUGUACUGCAGGCCAUUAAAAGCGAGAGCAGUAAGGCGGACAACACCACCAGCAUUGUGAUCGAGGAUGAGGAUACUAUUGACUUUAUACUUGCCGAGAAUGAUGACAUUGAGCUGGGAGCAGCCAAAGCAAAUGACGAUGAGUUUGUUGUCUCCGGCGUUGAGGAAGAUGACGACGAUGAGGACGAUGUAUUGGGUGAAGGCAGUCCUAACCGCAAAAGUGGCAACAAUAGCGACCUCAAGGAAAUGGUGGAGCACGUGUGCGGCAAGUGCUAUAAGACAUUCCGACGCGUUAAGAGCCUCAAGAAGCACCUGGAAUUCUGUCGCUAUGACAGUGGCUAUCAUCUGCGCAAGGCGGACAUGCUUAAGAAUCUGGAUAAAAUCGAAAAGGAUGCUGUGGUCAUGGAGAAGAAAGACAUCUGCUUCUGCUGCAGCGAGAGCUACGACACUUUUCAUCUUGGCCACAUCAAUUGUCCAGACUGUCCCAAGUCGUUUAAGACCCAGACCAGCUAUGAGCGUCACAUCUUCAUCACUCACUCCGAGCUCAAUGAUUUCCCCUGCUCCAUUUGCAAUGCGAAGCUGCGCAGCGCUGCCCUGUUGAAGUUGCAUGAGGAGCAGCAUCAGUCGCGUGGCAAGCCAUUCGCAUGCAAGAUCUGUGGCAAGGACUUUACUCGCUCCUACCAUCUAAAGCGCCAUCAAAAGUACUCCUCGUGCUCGGCCAACGAAAAUGAUACCAUGAGCUGCAAGGUGUGCGAUCGUGUCUUCUAUCGCCUGGACAAUUUGCGGGCCCAUCUCAAGCAGCACUUGGGCACUCAGGUGGUGAAGAAGCCGGAAUACAUGUGCCAUGUGUGCAAGAACUGCUUCUACAGUCUCUCUACGCUCAACAUUCAUAUACGCACUCACACUGGUGAGAAACCAUUCGACUGCGAUCUGUGUGACAAGAAGUUCUCAGCCUUGGUGGCACUCAAGAAGCAUCGUCGUUAUCAUACGGGCGAGAAACCCUACACUUGCACAGUGUGCAAUCAAUCGUUUGCCGUCAAAGAGGUGCUCAAUCGCCACAUGAAGCGACACACUGGCGAGCGUCCACACAAGUGUCCCGAGUGCGGCAAGAGCUUCAUCCAAGCGACACAGCUACGUACGCAUUCCAAGACGCAUCUGCGUCCCUUUCCCUGCUCCUCGUGCACCCAAAAAUUUAAGACAGAGAAACAACUUGAGCGCCACUUUAGGGAGCAUACACGUCAGAAGCGUCUCGGCUUUGGCUGCUUGGAUUGUCCACGUAGUUUCCGCACCAGCGCAUUGCUCAAGGAGCACAUUGAUGCGGGCGAUCAUUCGCCUGUGAAACCAACUCGGGCCAAGCGCACUGCCAAGAUGAUCGAGCGCACGGACUGCGCCAUCUGUGACAAGAACUUUGAUAGCACCGAAACCCUGCGAAAUCAUAUACGCAACGUGCACGAAUGCGAUCCGGAUGAUAUCUUUGGCACAGGGCCACCUGCUAAACGUAAAGCUAAAAAGACCAUUGUGGUGGAGGAGGAAGUGGAAGAUGAUGAGGAAGUGGAGGAGGCGGAUGAGGAAGUGGCACCAGCAAACACAUCGGCAGGCUCGCUCAUCUCCAGCAAAACCGAUGGCAAUGGCGUUGUGGUUCGUGAGUUCCUGGUGGAUGAGGGAGAUGGAAGUGCACAGACCAUUAUGCUAGAGAAUGAAGUCUACACCAUUUUGCCUUUGGAGGGAGCCAGCGCGACCGAGGCACCUGCUGUAAGUGAGGUCAAGUCCGACUCUAAGGAGAAGCAGUCCCCGGCUGUCUCACCGGUUGUCAAGAAGGAGCAGCGCAAAUCCCUGGCUGCUAGCUUGGCAGCUGCCAUUGCUGAUAAUCUGGAGGAGCCAUCAAGCGAGGAUGAGUUCACCGGCGAGGUGCUCACCGAAGCGGAUCUGAAACUCAAGGAGAACAUUGGAAAGUUGAUCGACAUGCUCGUCGAUCCGCAAACACUUAAGAAAUACGAUUGGCCAAAUAGCUCCGAGGAGACUGUACUGUGCAAGGUCAUCGAGAACUGUGGCCACGAUCUGGCCAAGGGAGGAGAGAGCUAUGCCGAGUUGGAUUACGGCAGCCGCAUGCGCGAAUAUGUCAAGCUCCUGUUCACAGUUGUCAUUCAUAAUGAUUCGAUCAAGGCGCUGCUAAAUAACUUCCCAAUUGACGAGGUUAUUGAGUAUGUGCUGGGUGAUGAAGAUCAGGACGAGGAUCUGGUAUUGGGUGAAGAUCAGGAGCCUGAUAAGUCCGAUAAGGAGAAGAGACUGGAUGCCGUUGAAGCUGAGGCUUGAUUCCUGAGUAGACAGCAUGCUUUAACUGAAGAAUAACGUUUGUAAAUAUGUUGAAAGCGUAUUCACAAUUUGGUUAACAACUCUACACUUAAAUCUAAUGAUAUUUGAAUGCAUCCGCUGUAAAGAUUAAGAUUUAAGCAUGUUUCGGCUUUGGUUUGAACACUAAGUGACCUUAGCAAACAAGUGUACCACCCAUUAACUGUUAUUUACAACAUAAAAACGUUAUAGUUCUAUUUUUUAUAACGUUAUUUAAACUAUACUAUUUUAUUAAAUAUACAUGAAUACAAUAAAUAUUCAAAUUACAA